AUUAGUUCCAGCACGAGGCUUCAGAGGAUUGGAGCCGAUGGCUGAGGAUAUGAUAUAUGUUGCGGUUGGAAAAGACUUGAAGGAGUGCAAAUCAAUCCUGGUAUGGGCGUUGCAGAACUCGGGAGGAGGGAGGAUUUGCAUCCUUCACGUUCAUCAGCCUGCACUGUAUAUUCCAUUUAUGGGUGGAAAAGCUCCAGCUAGCUCACUGACGGAAAAGAUUGUACGGGAACACCAGGAAACUGAGAGGCAAAAAAUGCAACAGAUCAUGAAUGAAUAUCUUCUCAUCUGUCGCCAAAUGGGGGCACGGGCUCAUAAGCUAAUAACUGAAGCGGAUUGUAUCAAGAAGGAAAUUGUAGAACUCAUCUCUCAAAAUGGGAUCAGGAAGCUUGUCAUGGGAGCAGCAGCAGAGAAGCACUAUCGAAGAAAAAUGAUGGACCUCAAGUCUAGUAAAGCUAAAUAUGUGCGCGAACAAGCACCACUCUCCUGUCACAUACAAUUUAUCUGCAAGGGAAACCUCAUCUACAACAGGGACGCAAGUGCUGACACCGAAACUGGAGAACCAAACCCUAGGAGAUCACAAUCUGCUGCAGUGGGGUACAGUAGGGACAGAGGUGGAACAAGCUUCUUGGAUAGUCCAAUACCAGAAGGCACUGAAGAGCAGCUUGCAUCUCUAAAGAGUGGCUUCUUUACUCCAGAAGGGGAUUUUGAUCAGUGGGAUUUAUUACCAAGGAGUUCUCAGGAUUUGGGUUGCUCUGCAAUUUCUCUGCCUUCAUGGAGUGAGGGAAGUGAGUUUGGGACACUCUCUUCGACUUCUGCUAAUUCAAGAAGCUCUUCCAGUGUGGACGUCGCAUCUUCUCUACUUCCACCAUUUCCCUCUUUCAUUUCUAGUCCAAGUCUCAUGUCAACAUGCUCUUCUACUUCCAGUGGAGCUCACAGUGUUGUGGAGGGAAGUCUAGAUAAUUCUCUAUACGACCAACUUAGACAGGCGAUGGCAGAGGCUGAAAAAGAGGCACUCAAGCGUCGGAAAGCAGAAAGAGACAUGAUUGAGGCUAUACGUAGGGCAGAGUUGAAACAAAGAUUAGAAAUUGAGGAAGCACUGUUGAAGGAGAAAGAAGAACAUGAAAGGGUGAAGAAUCAGAGAGAUCAACUCGUGGAAGAACUCCUUAUUUCUCAAGAACGGGAAACAUUACUAAAAUGCCAAAUUGCAGAGUUACACAAAGAGAGAGAUAAGUUGCAGAAGGAGUACUGUGAUAGUGCAGUGAAUGAAGCUGAAGCACUGAGAAGAAAACAAGGGGAGCCCUCAAGUAGACAGAUGCCUCAGUUCUCUGAGUUCUUGCUCACUGAGAUUGAAGAAGCUACUCUAUGGUUUGAUGAAUCCCUUAAAAUUGGAGAAGGAGGAUAUGGGAACAUUUAUAAAGGUCUCCUGCGUCAAACUAAGGUUGCUAUAAAGAUACUAAAAUCUCAUGAUGCACAAGGCACCAAACAAUUCCAAACGGAGCUUGGAGUAUUGAGUCAGCUAAGGCAUCCCAACCUUGUGGAACUCAAAGGAUCUUGCCCGGAAGUUUUUGCGCUCAUCUAUGAAUAUCUUCCUAAUGGAAGCCUUGAAGAUCGACUCAAUUGCAGGGGAAACAGUCCUCCAUUAUCAUGGCAGACUCGAAUACGAAUCGCCGCAGAGAUGUGCUCUGUCCUUGUUUAUCUUCACUCCAUUAAACCUCACAGCAUAGUACAUGGUGAUUUGAAGCCCUCCAACAUCCUCCUUGAUGCCAACUUUGUGAGUAAACUAAGUGACUUUGGAAUCUGCCGUAUGUUGUUCCCUGAUGAAAGUUCAAGCAACAACGUUAACACAACACUGUAUCAUAUAACUGUUCCAAAGGGCACUCCAGCCUACAUAGAUCCUGAGUUCCUUGAAACAGGAGUGCUUACUGUGAAGUCAGAUGUUUACUCGUUUGGAAUCAUAGUACUACAACUGUUGACUGGGAGACAACCCUUCAAGAUAUCAAACGAAGUGAAAAAUGCCUUGGAUGCUGGAAGCUUGAAAGGGGUUUUGGAUCCUUUGGCUGGAGACUGGCCUAUUGCGCUUGCUCAAAAAUUGGCUCGCUUGGCAUUAGGGUGUUGUGAAAGGAACCGAAGCAAUCGGCCAGACCUCCAGUCAGAUGUAUGGAAGGUGCUUGAACCAAUGACUCAAUGAAGAUGUUAUCUUUUUU